UAGAGGCUCAUGAGAACAGGAGGGGACCUUGCGUGAAAGUGAAAGAGUUUCAGAUUCCAUUGUGAGUCGACCGCAGAAGGAGGAAACCGGCAGGGCUCGUGGUUUCUGAGGGCUUUGGAGGGGUAGGUGGGUCGAGAAGCAGAGUGGUAGAGGAUAUUGAGUUUCAGAUUCCGUUUUGAGUCGACGUCAGAAAGAGGAAACCAGCAGGGUGAGGCAGGGUGUCUGAGUCCGUUUUCUCCCUGUGGACUGUAGAAGGAAGAAAGAAGAAAGUUAGAAUGAACUCAACAGUUUGAUUCAUCUGUGGACACAGUGGACCUGCUGUAACCCAGAACACAAACAGACUGAAAGAAAAGAGAGCAGAUUUUUGUCCUCUGAGCUCACAGUCAGUGUUACUGUUUGACUCUCAGAAUGACUUCAGAGCAGAAGAUGAGUGUUUGUGUGGAGGAAGAGGAGGACGGAGCAGAGUCUGCAGUGUCCAGCUGUCUGUCUAUGAAGAGUGACCGGUCUAAAGAUCUCUCUGUAAACUUCAGUAAUGAACCUGCACCCUCAGACACAAAAGAAAGGAAGAGUAGUGACGUUUCUGCGGAGCCCGAGUGUGCAGAAAGAUCCAGAACAAGACCUGAACUGCAGACAGACUGUCAGACCAGCACUGUACAAAUAGGUGAUGGUCUGCAGGAGGUUUUAGAUGAACACAAGAUCAGUCUGAGGAAGAGAUGUGAACGUGUCACUGAAGGAACUGAUACACCAGGAAGUGGAACCCUCCUCAACAGGAUCUACACUGAGCUCUACAUCACAGAGGGACAGAGUGAAGACGUUAAUACCCAACAUGAGGUGAGGCAGCUUGAGACAAUUUCCAAGAAGAAGACCUUCCAUGAGACUCCAAUCAAGUGCCACAACAUCUUUAAAGCUUUACCUGACCAACAGAGACACAUCACAGUGGUUCUGACGAACGGCGUCGCUGGCGUUGGAAAAACCUUCUCAGUGCUGAAGUUCACUCUGGACUGGGCAGAGGGUUUGGAAAACCAAGAUGUCAGUCUGGUGGUUCUGCUUUCAUUCAGGGAGCUGAACCUGAUCAAAGAUGAGCAGUACAGUCUUCUCAGGCUGCUACAUGUUUUCCAUCCAACAUUACAGAAGGUCACAGCAGAGCAGCUCGCUGUCUGUAAACUUUUGUUCAUCUUUGACGGCCUGGAUGAAAGCAGACUUUCACUGGAUUUCCACAACAAUGAGGUUGUGUCUGACGUCACACAGAAGUCUUCAGUCAACGUGCUGUUGACAAACCUCAUCAAGGGCAAUCUGCUUCCCUCGGCUCUCGUCUGGAUAACUUCCAGACCUGCAGCAGCCAAUCAGAUUCCUCCUAAAUGUGUUGACAGGGUAACAGAAGUACGAGGCUUCACAGACGCCCAGAAGGAGGAGUACUUCAGGAGGAGAGUCAGUGAUGAAGAUCUGUCCAACAGGAUCAUCUCACACAUCAAGACCUCGCGGAGCCUCCACAUCAUGUGUCUAAUCCCAGUCUUCUGCUGGAUCACUGCUACAGUUCUGGACCACAUGUUGACUACAGACCAGAGAGGAGAGCUGCCCAAGACCCUGACUGACAUGUACUCACACUUCCUGCUGGUUCAGACAAAGAGGAAGAAGCAGAAGUAUGAUGAGGGACAUGAGACGUGUCCACAGGAGCUGAUGGAGGCUGACAGGGAAGUUCUUCUGAAGCUGGGGAGGCUGGCGUUUGAACAGCUGGAGAAAGGAAACAUCAUGUUCUACCAAGAAGACCUGGAGCAGUGUGGUCUUGAUGUCACAGAGGCCUCGGUGUACUCAGGAGUUUGUACAGAGAUCUUCAGAAGAGAGAGUGUGACCUUCCAGAAAACAGUCUACUGCUUUGUUCAUCUGAGCAUUCAGGAGUUUCUGGCUGCAGUCUACAUGUUCCACUGUUACACCAACAGGAACACAGAGGUACUGGAGGGUUUGUUGGGAAAAAAACACAUUAAUUCAACUGUGGAUGUCUUCCUGAGAGAAGCAAUGAUGAAAUCCCUGAGGAGUGAUAAUGGCCACCUGGACCUGUUUGUUCGCUUCCUUCACGGCCUCUCUCUGAAGUCCAACCAGAGACUCUUAGGAGGCCUGCUGGGUCGGAUGGACAACAGUCCAGAAACCAUCCAGAGAGCCAUCAACAACCUGAAGGAGAUGAACAGUGAUAAUAUCUCUCCUGACCGAAGCAUCAACGUCUUCUACUGUUUGACGGAGAUGAACGACCACUCAGUCCAUCAGGAGAUCCAAGAGUUCCUGAAGUCAGAGAACAGAUCAGAGAAGAAACUCUCUGAGAUCCACUGCUCAGCUCUGGCCUACAUGCUGCAGAUGUCAGAGGAGGUCCUGGAUGAGUUGGACCUGAAGAAGUACAACACAUCAGAUGAGGGACGACAGAGACUGAUUCCAGCUGUGAGGAACUGCAGAAAGGCUGUAUUUUCUGAAUGUGGACUCUCAGAGACUCACUGUGAAGUCGUGGCCUCAGCUCUGAAGUCCAACCCCUCCCAUCUGAGAGAGCUGGACCUGAGCUGCAAUACCCUGUAUAAUUCAGAAGUGAAGUUGCUGUUUGCUGGACUGGAGAGUCCACACUGCAGACUGGAGACUCUGAGAUUGAUUUGCUGCAGGUUGUCAGAGAUCAGCUGUGAUUAUCUGGUCUCAGCUCUGAAGUCCAACCCCUCCCAUCUGAGAGAGCUGAGGCUGGGUAACAACAAGCUGCAGGAUUCAGGAGUGAAGCUGCUGUGUGGUUUUCUGGAGAGUCCACACUGUAGACUGGAGACUCUGGGAUUGAUUUGCUGCAGGUUGUCAGAGAUCAGCUGUGAUUAUCUGGGCUCAGCUCUGAAGUCCAACCCCUCCCAUCUGAGAGAGCUGAGGCUGGGUAUCAACAACCUGAAGGAUUCAGGAGUGAAGCUGCUGUGUGGUUUUCUGGAGAGUCCACACUGUAGACUGGAGACUCUGAGAUUGAGGGACUGCAGUUUGUCAGAGAUCAGCUGUGAUUAUCUGGUCUCAGCUCUGAAGUCCAACCCCUCCCAUCUGAGAGAGCUGAGGCUGGGUAACAACAAGCUGCAGGAUUCAGGAGUGAAGCUGCUGUGUGGUUUUCUGGAGAGUCCACACUGUAGACUGGAGACUCUGAGAUUGAGGGACUGCAGGUUGUCAGAGAUCAGCUGUGAUUAUCUGGUCUCAGCUCUGAAGUCCAACCCCUCCCAUCUGAGAGAGCUGGACCUGAGUGACAACGACCUGAAGGAUUCAGGAGUGAAGCUGCUGUGUGGUUUUCUGGAGAGUCCACACUGUAGACUGGAGACUCUGGGAUUGAUUUGCUGCAGGUUGUCAGAGAUCAGCUGUGAUUAUCUGGUCUCAGCUCUGAAGUCCAACCCCUCCCAUCUGAGAGAGCUGAGGCUGGGUAACAACAACCUGAAGGAUUCAGGAGUGAAGCUGCUGUGUGGUUUUCUGGAGAGUCCACACUGUAGACUGGAGACUCUGAGAUUGAGGGUCUGCAGUUUGUCAGAGAUCAGCUGUUCCUCUCUGGUCUCAGCUCUGAAGUCCAACCCCUCCCAUCUGAGAGAGCUGGACCUGAGGAACAACAAGCUGAAGGAUUCAGGAGUGAAGCUGCUGUCUGAUCUUGUGGAGAGUCCACACUGUAGACUGCAGACUCUGAGAUGGAAGUUGUUUUAUUAACAGUGAGCGGUGAUGAAGGAGGUUGUGUUGGAGGAUCCGCUGUGUCCUGAUGAUCCAGAGAGGUUGAAGCAGCAGCAUCAGCUCUGACUGGGCCAUGUUACUGGGAGGUAGAGUGGAGAGGAGAGCUUCAUCCAGCAGUGACUGACAGAGGAAUCACAACCAGUGGAGACAACUCUCAGUUGCAGUUUUUUAACAUUACUGGACUUAACUUUAAACAUUUUUGGACAGUUCAACUUAAAAUCAGAAUCAGAAUCAGAAUCAGAAUCGGAAAUUUCUUUUGUUAGAACAUAUAAUAUAUUAAGAAUAUAUAUAAAUAUAUAUAUAAAGGUCAAAUGUACAGUUUAAAAUGUGCAAACAGUGCAAAAAUGAUUGUCCGUGUUUGGGGUCAGAUUACAGAGAGGGGGUUAGUUAAAGGAGAAUAGUUGUGCUUCUAUAUAAGGGACCAACUUAUAAGAAAAUUGGAGAGUUUGUGAGAGUAUAAAAGGGAACAAAGAAUGAAAUAAUGAAUAAAUGUCAGGACAGAUGGGAGCAGAGGAAAAUAUUACAGCGUGCAGAACACCAUGAAUGCACCGGGUUUGUUUUCUAUUUCUUGUUUGUCUGAUUUGAUUCUCUUUAAUUAUUAUUCAUACAAUCAUUUAAUUGUUACUUUAUUUAAUGGUGUAAAGAACUAAUAAGAAUUAAAGAGAGAAUGGGAAGAGAGUGGGAAACGACACCUGGCACAUCACUUCAUAAGACGCAAAUACACUCCUGAACAAAAUCUUAAGACCGGGGGAAAAAUGAAGCAAGUAUUCGCAUUUCGCGUUGGUGGAACAUAACAAGAUUGUAAGUAGAGCUUCAAAAUGCCAAAAGAAGAAACAGGAGCAAGAGACAAAACAAUAGCAUAGGCAAUUUAUUGAAAAUUGCAUUUAAACUCAAACAGGCUGUUCAUCAGCUGAUCAAAGGUUUAGCCCAUAAAAAAAACCCAAAAUAGAACUAAAAGUGUCAAAAAAAGGACUCAGUAGUGAGUCGCCCCACCGUUGUUGUUGAUCACUUCAAAAAUUCGUUUAGACAUGCUUGAUGCGAGUGUUUCCAGGAGGAUGGUGGGAAUGUUGCUCCAUGUGGUGAAGAUGGCUUCACAAAGGGCAUCCAUGGUCUGGAACUGAUGUCCGUUUUUGUAAACUUCCCUUGCCAUCCAUCCCCAAACGUUCUCAAUGGGAUUUAGAUUAGGGGAACAUGCAGGAUGGUCCAAAAGAGCAACGUUAUUCUCCUGGAAGAAGUCCUUCGUCAGGCGGCGUUGUGAACUGCAGCGUUGUCCUGUUGAAAGACCAUCAUCACCGCACAGACAAGGGCCCUCAGUCAAGAGGGAUGCCCGCUGCAACAUGUCCACAUAGCCAGUCGCAGUUUGACGUCCCUGCACAACCUGAAGCUCCAUUGUUCCAUUGAUCAUGAUGGAGCCUCCUCCACUGUGCCGCCCAGAAAACAUUUCCAAUGGGGUCUCCUUGUCAUGCCAGUAACGUUGGAAGCCAUCAGGACCGUCAAGGUUAAAUUUUUUCUCAUCAGAGAAUAAAACUUUCUUCCACCUUUCAAUGUCCCAUGUUUGGUGCUCCCUUGCAAAGUACAAACAGGCAGGUUUGUGGUGUGGGAGGAGACGUGGCCUUUGAAGAUGUUUUUUGUUCUUUAAGCCCUUCUGUCGCAGACGCUGUCUGAUGGUUAUUGCGCUACAGUCAGCAUCAGUAAGGGCCUUAAUUUGGGUUGAGGAUCGGCCUGUGUCUUCACGGACAGCCCGUUGGAUCCUCCGGCUCAGCGCAGGGGAAAUUGUUUUGGGUCUAACACUUGACCUUUUUGUCCCAUAACCCUCAGGAUCUUUUAAGAAAUUUAAAAUGACUGUCUUACUGCGUCCAACCUCGGCGCGUUGUGAGAGGCCUUGCUUGUGCAGCUCAACAAUCCUGCCACGUUCAAAGACAGAAAGCCUUUUUGCCUUUGCCAUCAGGUGGUCAUGACAGUGGGAAUGCCUGAUAGAAAAUGACAUGAAAGCCAGAUUUUUGCACAGAUUUGGACUUUUUAAGGCUAUGGUCUUAAACUUUUGAUCAGCUGAUGAACAGCCUGUUUGAGUUUAAAUGCAAUUUUCAAUAAAUUGCCUCCUCUAUUGUUUUGUCUCUUGCUCCUGUUUCUUCUUUUGGCAUUUUGAAGCUCUACUUACAACCUGGUUGUAAUGCAAAUACUUGUAAUUUUUCUCCCGGUCAUAAGAUUUUGUUCAGGAAUGUAUUACAGUUAUUUAGAUAUUUAUACAGACGGGUCAAAAGAUGAAGGAUAGGGUAGGUAUAGUAAUAUACCAACAAUGAAUGUAAGUACUGGGAAAAGAUGACCUGAUCAGUUUACGCUGCAGAAAUGAUGGCGAUUAUUGUAGAGCUGCAGUGGGUGGAGGAAGUGAAACCAGACAGUGCUGUGUUGAUUCUGUUGUUUAUAAUGUAACCGGCUCAUGUAAAGGGGCGUAAUAAAUAUACUGUUUGGUAAAGGAGAAGCUGAUGAAAACGAUGAAGAAAUGUCAGGACAGGUGGGACAGGGAUAGUAGUGGAAGGAAAUAAAUCAAUGCACAGGGUGAGAACAGAAGAGAGGAGACAGUUUAAACACUGUUUUUGUGAGGUUUGAGUUAUAUUAGAGGAUUUAAUUAGGUUUUAUUUUUUAUUUACUCUUUAUUCGUUUUCUUUGAGUAACAUACACAUAUGUGCAAACUGGGCACAACACAUACAACAUCACAUGUGGAGGGGAGGAUUUGUGCAGCAGUCAACAUAAGAACAUACGCUGCUUGAAAAUAGGGACAAAACAUUUCUUAUUAAAGGACUCGACCUUAUCUUUGCGAUCUUACAGUUGACACAUAGCUGAAACAUUUAACCAGUUCUCUUCAAACAUAUCAGUUUGGUUCCUGAAUGUAAUUCUCUCCAUUACAUAUAUAUUAUAAAUGCUAUCAAUCCAC